CCUCACCUCUCACCUAACAUAACAAUCCCAAAAGGAACCGUAGAGAGAGAAAGAGAGAGAGAGGAAAAGGAGAUCAUACUCCACAGACACGGAAAUCAAAAUUUCCCACAUACAGGAUCGAUCGUUGGAGUGGGAAGAAACACAAGAAAAAAUGGGUGGAUGCAAAUGUUUGCUGUCGUUGGUGGUGGUUUUGGCCUUGACGAUGAGUUUGGCAGAGGCGCAAUCUGGAACUACCGGCACUUGCGCCCAAGAGCUGAUUCCGUGCAUGGACUACUUGAAUUCCACCGGCACCCCACCCAGUUCUUGCUGCGACCCACUCAAGAGAACCGUAGAAAACGAACUCGCUUGCCUCUGCAACCUUUUCUACACCCCUGGCCUGCUUGAAAAUUUCAAUAUCUCUAUCGACAGUGCUCUCGGUCUCAGUCGCCGCUGCGGCGUCACCAGUGAUCUCACCAAAUGCAAUGCUCCUGCUCCCGCUUCAAGGGCACCUCCAGCGACUCCUGGAUCAGGUGAAUCAGGAGCAGGCAAAGCAACAUUCACGGGGAUUUCUUUCCUCCUCUUAUUUUGGGUAUCUAUGCUGUUUAAUUAAGGUGGCAUUUUAGCCUUGGAGCCUCCUAUCUCCUAUGUUCAACUUAUCUUUGUACUGUUCACUCAUUUCAUUGUAUUUUCGUGUUCUUUUUCCUCGUUAGAAACCUAUGAUUCAAUUGAGUAAAAUAGUUUAUUUACAGAAUGGA